AUGUAUAACAGACUUCUCCCCGGUCGAAAAGCAUAUACAUUUGAGUUUUUAAAAGGUGUCGAAGAAUUUAUUCAAUUUGCUUGUCUGCAAGACAAAUAUUUGAAUGAAGGUGUAAUAAGAUGUCCAUGUAAGUUGUGUAAAAAUGAAAAUCAUUUGACCCCAGAUGUAGUUAACGUUCACAUUCAUCAAAAGGGUUUUACACCCAACUAUUGGGAAUGGACAUCCCACGGAGAGGAAGUCUGUCAUGUUCAUGAUAACGACGACAAUGAAACAUACAUGGAUGUGUCUGAUAGUAGUAGUAGUCACCAACAGUGUUAUGAUCAUGAUGAUAGACACCAAGACAUAGUGUAUGAUGCUGCUGGCCUUAAUCGUGAGCAACAUUGUCCUCAAAAUCAAGAGGAACCUCCAAAUAUGGAAGCUAACCAGUUUUAUAAAAUGUUGAAUUCUGCUCAACAACCACUAUGGCCUGGAUGUAAAAAUACAACAGAGUUGUCUGCCUCUAUUACAAUGUUGGGUUUAAAAUCUAAGCACAACAUGUCACAUGCUUGUUUCGAUGACGUGAUGAAGUUUAUGAAGGAGUCAAGUCACCCUGAGAAUAUAAUUCCAUCAAACUUUAGGGAAACAAAGAAACUUGUUGCCGGACUCGGUUUAUCCAAGAUCAAGAUAGAUUGUUGCAUUGAUGGGUGUAUGCUUUAUUAUAAAGAUGACAUAAAUUUGAAGGAAUGCAAAUUUUGUAAUGGGCCUCGAUAUAAAGCAAAUAAUGUACAUAAGAGACACUCUAAGGACGUUCCUCGCAAGAGAUUGCAUUACUUGCCUCUCACCCCUCGCUUGCAAAGAUUAUAUGCUUCUCCGAGAUCUGCAGAGCACAUGAGGUGGCACUUUGAAAAUCGUAGAGAAGAAGGUGUGUUGUGUCAUCCUUCAGACGGAGAAGCAUGGAAACACUUUGACCAAGUAUAUCCUGGAUUUGCCUCAGAACCUCGAAAUGUUAGACUUGGUCUGUGUGCUGAUGGCUUCACCCCUUUUAGCCAAUCAGCCACACCAUAUUCUUGUUGGCCAGUAAUUGUCACACCAUAUAACCUACCUCCCGAGCUAUGUAUGAUGACGCCUUAUAUGUUCUUGUCCUUGAUCAUUCCAGGUCCACACAGUCCAAAAGGUAAAAUUGAUGUGUAUUUGCAGCCGCUUAUAGAUGAGUUGCAACAAUUGUGGAAUGAUGGUGUAGUAACAUAUGAUGCUUCAAAGAGGCAAAAUUUUCAAUUGAGAGCUGCAUUAAUGUGGACAAUAAAUGAUUUUCCAGCCUAUGGUAUGUUGUCUGGGUGGAGUACUGCUGGAAGAUUAGCAUGUCCGACAUGCAAGGAAAAUUCAAAAGCUUUUUCAUUGAAACACGGAAGGAAAACGUCUUGGUUUGAUUGCCACCGUCAAUUUUUACCUGAUAAUCAUGCAUUUAGGAGAAACAAGGUUGCCUUUUACAAGAAUAGAAUUGAUAAAAAUGAGCAUCCUCCUAUCUUAAGUGGUGAACAAGUGUGGGAAAAGGUUUAUGGAAUUCCCAAGAUAACUGACACGAGGCAAUGCAUUGUUCCUGGCUACGGAAUUUUGCACAAUUGGACCAAAAGAAGCAUAUUUUGGGAUUUGCCUUAUUGGAGACACAACCUAUUGAGGCAUAAUCUUGAUGUUAUGCAUAUAGAGAAGAACGUGAUGGAAUGUCUACUUCUAAUAGCUUUUUGUGCUCUUCCUGAACCAAUAUGGAAACCCUUAACUGAACUCAGUCAAUUCUUUAGAGAUUUAUGUUCAACAACGUUGCGAGAAGGUCACUUAUUAUAA